ACUAGCUAGCGGGGAUGUUAGCUCAGCUGGUGUACCACCCUGUCUGAAUUUUUGCCGCAAAGCGGAUUGACUCGAUACAAACAUAUCGUUAAGUGCGGUAGAAGAAACAACGAUGUAGUCGUUUGGUUUUCGUUCUAAUUCUUAGCUGCAUGUUGAUUUAGUGCGUGUGUGUUCUGUUAGUUUGAGCAUUAUUUUCUAUUUUCAUCGCCGCAGCCACAUUCAUUUUUUAGCGUGAGCUAGCUAGCGAAUGACUGCUGGGGAGUUACUGGCUUUCUAACUGCAGCAGGUGUAACGUUAUUUGAACAACCAGCAACGAGGCAUAUUUGCUGGUAUUUUAAAUUGCUACGACGUUCAGUUUAAAUCCUAUCUGCGGAUAUUUCUGAUGCUGACUACUUCCCAGAUUCAUGCCACAUCUUCACCAGUCUGUAGCUCAGUAAUUAGUUAGAUAGCGUGGUAACGAAAAUCAUCAUGACAGGGGAGAAGAUACGCACCACGCGAAAGGACCAUAACAAACCAAACAAAAAUAAUGAGAUAAUGGACACAUACGAUGAGACCUUAAACGGGACUAUCCCUAACGGUACUAGUCACCAUUACAAAUGCAACAAGGCCUUUCAGAAAUCAGUCAGAACCUCGAUACUGCAGCAGCAACAGCAGCUUAAUGCAAACAACAUUAACGGCAAUUCGUCAUCAGUUGGCACCAUUGUCAAUGAUAACAACAAGAACCCAAUAAUUCUGACAAGUGAGGACUCAGAGUUUCCUAUUCACGAAUGUGUGUUCAAGGGAGAUGUUCGUCGGCUCUCCUCUCUCAUCAGGACUCAUAGCAUCUCUCAGAAAGAUGCGCAUGGGAACACGCCUCUUCAUCUGGCUGUGAUGCUGGGCCACAAAGAAUGCGCCCUCCUCCUACUGGCCCAUAAUGCACCUGUAAAGAUAAAGAAUGCACAGGGAUGGAGUCCUCUGGCAGAAGCCAUCAGCUAUGGUGACAGGCAAAUGAUCACAGCAAUACUGCGGAAGUUAAAGCAGCAGUCCAGAGAGAAUGUGGAGGAUAAGAGGCCAAAAUUGCUAAAAGCUCUCCGGGAGCUUGGUGACUUUUACCUGGAGCUGCAUUGGGACUUUCAGAGCUGGGUGCCUUUGUUGUCCCGGAUCCUGCCAUCUGAUGCUUGUAAAAUCUACAAGCAGGGCAUCAAUAUCAGACUUGACACCACUCUCAUAGACUUCACUGAUAUGAAAUGUCAGCGCGGUGAUCUUAGCUUCAUUUUCAAUGGUGAUGCAGCACCCUCCCAGUCCUUUGUGGUUCUGGAUAAUGAAGCAAAAGUUUACCAAAGAAUACACCAUGAGGAGUCGGAGAUGGAGACUGAAGAAGAGGUGGAUAUUCUGAUGAGCAGUGACGUCUACUCUGCAACUCUGUCUACGAAAUCCAUCACUUUCUCCCGCAGUCAAAUUGGCUGGCUCUUCAGAGAGGAUAAAACAGAGAGGGUUGGCAACUUCCUGGCUGACUUCUAUACAGUGAACGGUCUGGUGUUGGAGUCAAGAAAACGGCGAGAGCACCUUAGUGAGGAGGACAUCCUGAGGAACAAAGCCAUCAUGGAAAGUUUAAGUAAAGGAGGCAGCAUCAGUGAACAGAACUUUGAGCCUGUGAGAAGGCAGUCCCUCACAGCACCAGCCCCCAACACAAUUUCCUGGGAAGAGUAUAUCACUGCAGAACACGGAAAGCCACCUCAUCUGGGGAGGGAACUUGUGUGUAAGGAAAGCAAGAAAAACUUCAAAGCUACUGUAGCCAUGAGCCAGGAUUUCCCUCUAGGCAUCGAAUCGUUACUGAAUGUAUUGGAGGUCAUAGCCCCGUUCAAGCACUUCAACAAACUCAGAGAGUUUGUUCAGAUGAAACUUCCACCUGGGUUUCCAGUCAAACUCGAUAUCCCCGUCUUCCCCACGAUCACAGCAACUGUCACCUUUCAGGAGUUUCGCUAUGAUGACUUUGAAGAGUCAAUUUUCUUCAUCCCUGCUGAAUACAAAGAAGAUCCCAGUCGCUUCCCAGACCUCUGACCUGUAAA